CUCUAGGCUGUAAAAUUGACCCUGGCACGAUGGGUCGACAGUCCGGAGCCUCGGGCCUUCGGGCUUUGGCGGUAGUAGCGCUCUCCUCUUUUCUGCUGGCGUCUGGAGCUGCUGCCGCACAGAGCGGUCUCUACACCCAGUUCCCUUUCUGCAAGUGCAUCAAGUCGCCAUCGGCUUACAAGCUUGCGGAUGUGGUCGUCGCGAAGGGCAACAGCCAAUACUGCUUCCGGCUGAGCGCCAAGGUGCCUGCGGGCUGCAACAACUACUGCUGCAACAAGGCGGAUCUCAAGAAGAUCGAGUUCAACGUGAACACGGCGUGCGACGUGUUUGGCUCUGUGGUCAAGGCCACGGUCAACGGCGUCCCGACCAAGGUCGGCACCUCGUUUGACCAGCCCACGGACGGCCCCGCCGGCAGCACCGUGCUCCGUCUGACACAGCUGGGUCUGGGCCUGUGGAGCGACGGCGCCGAGAUCUGCAUCACGCUGGCCCCCGGCAAGAACGCACCCGGCUGCACGACCCUGGAGCAGCUGUGCGUGCCGCCCGCAGGCCUGCCCAAGGGCGUGUGCUCGGCUGCGCUGUUCGACAGCCAGAACGAUUGCUGCCCUCUCUCCACCCCCGGCAUCCCAAGCCCGCCCCCGCCCCGCCCUCCCCCGCCGUCGCCGCCCCCGCCCUCUCCUCCCCCUCCCAGCCCCCCGCCUCCCUCUCCCCCUCCUCCCUCUCCUCCUCCUCCCUCCCCCCCGCCCCCUCCCCCUCCUCCCCGCCCUCCCCCGCCGUCACCCCCUCCCCCGCCCCCUCCUCGUCCGCCCCCGCCGUCGCCCCCUCCCCCUCCUCCCCCGGUGUGCCAGGCUUGCAUCAGCUUCAACAUCGACUCAUACCCCGUUUUCGUCUGGUCUGACUUCCUAAAGAGGUACUACUUCAACCAGGGCCGCUGCCUGGACAGCCUGGGGCUGAUCUCUGGCGACGUCAACGACGCCGCCGAGCAGAUGGGCAUCAAGCUGGCCCAGGGCUUCAGCUACACGCCCGCCAGCUGUGGCUCCAGCAGGUGGACCACCUGCGGCAGCUUCCACACGGAAGCGGAUGCCAAGAAGAUGCAGGACUGGGCCACGCAGCAGGCCAACAACGUGUGGAUGGAGUCGAUCACCGGCCCCGCAUGCUCGUCCUACUGGCACGGCUGGCAGUUCUCCAUCACCUCGGCCAACAGCCAGUGCUUUAGCAUGGGCGCCUCCUCGCGCGCCUGCGCCCUCGACGACGUGCCCUUCCCCACCCACACCCAGUGCAAGAAGACGCAGUUCUCCACGCCCUUCGCGCUGGUGCCGUACGUCCUGGAGGCCGGCCGGGGCCGGUCCAACAACACACUGCUGUACUGCUUCCAGACCUACACUGUUUCUGGCGACCAGCUUGUCGACCCCCAGAACAAGUGCGCCAAAAGCACCAACCUCAACAAGGUUGAAUUCUUUGCCGAUGAGAGCUACCGCCGCGCCAUCAUGGGCGUGCGCGUCAAGCCCAAGGGCGGCAGUGCCACCUGGCUGGCCUCCACUUGGGGCGCCGUGGGCCAGACCACAUUCAAGGUGACUCCCCUGGACUGGAGCAUCGAGCAGGCGAGCCAGGGCGAGAUCUGUUUUGAGCUGAAGGCCUCGGUGUCCAUUGAUGACUUCUGCUUGGGCCCGGAGACCGACACUUGCCACGGCUCCAUCUUUGACAACAGUAUGGACUGCUGCCCGACCUACCCGACAACGCUGCUGCCGUAGCCGGCGCUUCUGAGAAUAUUGCCGUGCCUGAGACAGCUUUACCACAGUCCAGGCGCUGGCUAUUCAUCAUGUCAUGGUCGAGCAUGACGCUUUCGAGUAUUGAUUAAAAGUGGGGAUUGAUGCUUCUUAGACUACCGUACUGCACUGUGACCUGGGGCUGGGCUUGAUUAUGUCCGCCCGACAGUGGGGACGACGGAUUGGAAACGGAGUGGAUGGUGCAUUGGGCAUCUACCUCCGGACCUGUGCGUGACCAAGACACGUGCACUGGGACCGCAUGUCCCAGCAUUUGGCCCAAGACCAAGUUGAGGAUAGUAUUGAGUGCCAAGGGAUUAAUCUCGCCUCGUAGUUCAGGUCAGGCAGGAUCGUGUAUUCAUACGCAUGCAAUAUGCGCUGCAAGGCGUGUGUACAGGAUUGCGCACAACGCAGAUGUGUGAAUAUGAUGCACGGGUCAAACGGCACGCCCAAUCUACUCACAAAUGGCCGGGUGGGAGCGGGAUUAGUUGUCGUCAACACGGGAAUAUGGCAACAGGAAAAGUUUCGCGCCGCCUGCUGCUGACCCAUGGCACAUCAAUGCAUGUCGCCACGCUCGCGAUGUACACCAACUAUGGUCCGUUGGGCCUGUUUGCAAAUUGCAACCUUUCAUCUGGCCAUACAUCCGGUGCAUGCACUUAGCCUCUCGAGCCGCGUAUACAUGACGCAGGGUGUGACUACCCAGGCUGGGCCAUACACGCCCCAAGCUGCCACGCACUUCCAUCUUUGAGGUACACUGUGACACCGUUCGCAUGAAUGGCUAUAACACGCCUACAUGACGCAGGGCGGUGACUAAGGUCCAGGCAGCUGGGUCUUGUCCCAAGCGUUCCCAUCA